ACGAAGGAGAAUCCAAUCUUUUCCUUUUCCUCCAUUCCCAUUAUAGGUUUUACAGAUGACCCUGGGCCAUCCCACCAGCCAUGUGCAGAGAAGGUCAAUUUAGAAGAAGAGAUAGUAGUGAAAGUAGUAGAGCCAGAAGAAAGCUCAGAGGACAUAGCUGUAGUUCCUCCCAGCCAGGAGCAACUAUCUUUUCUGGGGGUACAGAAUGGAGGUCCCUGUGCAAAAGUAAAAUCCAAGACAAAACCUCAGCCCCAGACAAACCAGAAUGAAAUUACAGAAGAGGAUCUGUUGCACAUCCAGCAGAACCAGCUGCAUGUCAUACAGUCUGGCUUUGAGAGUAUCAACCAUAACCUUCAGCUUCUGCAGCAAGGCAUGCAAGAUCUCAACAACAACCUCAGUGUCAUGGCACAUACAUUAGUGGCUAUCAAGAAUGUCUAUGUGAAAAACAACGCUGGUCCUGCCACCUUUGCUACGGUCACUACUCAGACCAAUGCAGGAUAUCUGAGCCCUGGGUCCCCACUGGUAGAGGACAGAGUCAGAGUGCCAGUGGCUGGAAGUAGUAGCAGAAGCAGUAGCUGCAGCUCCAGCUCCAUGUCACAAGAUCCAGGUCCUUCAGAGUUUCCAAGACCCCCGCACAGAACCAUUAAGAAGGAACAUCCAAAUGGCUGUUACUAUUUCUGUUUUGCAGAUGUAUAAGACCUGAAUAAAUGAACUAGAACUAUGUCUUUUGAGAGGGACGUGUUUGUACCCUGCUCCAGUAAGGCAUCAUGACAGAGCAAUCGUGUGUAUCUGUCCUCUGAUAAAUGCUCCGUAUGAAAGAUCUCCACCAUCUUUCAGCUGCAGAAACUGUAGCAUCAUAGGAGGCAUAACACUAAUGACAAACCCACUCUGGAACCAAUUUUGGUGAAAAGCAGGAUAGAAAUAAAUGCAGUUUUUAGAAUCCA